AUGCUUCGCGUUGCACCCCUCCUGAUUCUCCUGACGGGCGCCCCGGAGGCGACAGCCAAGGAGCCGCGGCGCAACCCGCUCGGCGUGCGCGACUCGCGCCGCCAGCUUUCCACGGCCUCAGACAAGCUGGUGGUGGACGCCGAUGGCCUCGUCGAUCGCGUGAGCGAAAAGGCGACCGUGAAGCCUUCCAAGGGCGCCUCGCAUGGCGACAAGAAACUCCUCUUCAGCUCGAUCGUCAUCCCGCCGUCGCCGCCCGAGUACGAGUUCGGCAAGUUCAUGUGCGAGGACCCAAAGUACUCAAUCGAGUGCGUGAAGUUCCACCCCGACUUCCCGCCCAAGGAGAUCAUCGACCAGGACUACGAGCGCGGCCAAGGCUUUGCCAAGGUUCCGGACCUGUACCCGGAGAUUGGCGCGUGGUUCACCGACGUGUUCGCCACGAAGCCCUGCCCGCCCAUGGAGCCGACGGCGCGGGAGAAGAUGCUGUACCAGAUGACCGCCGCCGACUAUGUGGCCGCGUUCAAGGCGGGCGAGGUGACGGCAAAAGAGUACGCGGAAGCGCUCGUCAACCGGAUGAUGCACUACGAGAUGCUCAACGCGUGGUUCGUCACCUCGUACGAGACCUCGCACUACAUCAUCGAGGACGCGCAGGCGAUCGACGACAAGGCCGCCGCGGAUGGAGUCGAGUCGGUCGCGCCGCUCUACGGCCUCCCCGUGCCAGCCAAGGGGACCAUGGCAUCAACUGACUACCCGGGCGGCGCUGGCCUCGGCAUUCUCGACGGCUGCUACUCCACCGACGACGCCGCGCUCCUCAAGCUCAUCAAGGAGGCCAAUGGAAUCAUCAUGGGCAAGGCGCGUACCAACGUGCCUGAGUACGCCUGCUCGUGGCAGACGAUGAACCACAUGAACGGCGUCACACGCAACGGGUACGAUUUCGAGCUGGCCGUGUGCGGCUCUUCAGGCGGCUCCGCGUCCGCCGUCGGUUCCUACAUCGCGCCGCUUGCCAUCACGGAGGACACGGGCGGAUCGACCCGCUGCCCGGCUCACGCCAACGGCAACUUUGGCUACGACCCGCCGCGCAACAAGUACCCGAACGACGGCAACCCCGGCAUCACACACUUCCGCGACCAGCUCGGCACCAACGCACGCUCGAUGGACGACAUCCUCCUCUUUGACAUGGCCGUCCUCGGGCUGCAAGACGAGCACGCUAAUGCGGAAGCCAAAGUCGCCGCCAUGACGAACGAUGCCAUCAAAAUCGGCUUCCCCACCGAGAUCUUCGUCAACUUGAACGUGCCCGCUUCGGCCAAGAUGAUCGUGUCGGGCGCCGGCUUCUCGAUGACCGAAGAGGAGUGGCCCGAGGUUGAGUCGCCGACGCUCGGCAAGGUCAACGCGCUCUACCACAUGCUCUCCGGCUUCGAGUUCGAGCCCGGCACACCCUGGACCUACUCGGUCUGCGCCCAGACGUUUACCGGCCAGAUUGCGCAGUGGCAGCACAACUACUUUCUGGCAAACACGACGACCAUCGCCGACGUCAUCGACGACACGCGCCCCGUCGGCGUGUCGCACGGUCCGGCGGGCUGCUUCCGCGGCUACAACGGCAACACCGGCGAGUCGAAGCUGCGCUACUGCGGCGUGUACCAAACCUUGGCGCCCGAAUUCUGGAACAUGUACUUCGAGCAGACCGGGGUCGACAUGAUCAUCACGCCCACGCAGUUCACCCCGAUCCAAAAGUGCUCUUCACCCCCCGCCUGGGCCCUGAGGCGAGAGGUCCUCACCUUUUGCUGUGCGCGCUCGGCACAGGUGGUCGUGCCGAUCGGCGUCGACGAGAACGGGGCGCCAAUGUCGUUUACCAUCUGGGGCAAGGCGAUGCCCAAGGAGGAGACCUUCUGCGACAAGUGCGCCGAGACCUUCGACCUCGAGUUCCUCUACAAGGUGAAGAAGGUUGUUGCAGCGCUCCACGGGCCCGACUCCCCGCUCAAGCGCGUCCCCUCGCCCCUCGCCAUGGCGGACGGCCUCAUGUAA